CGGUGACACUUGUGGAGAAUCUCCGCGAAAACCAUGACGGCCCUCCCGCGCGGUGCGUCGGAAACACCGACAGACUUUGUCCAGGGUCAGCCCCUAAGGUUCCAGUUCCGCACGAUGGCAGAAGCGAGGGCCAGCCGGAGCACGCGGGAGCGAAGGAACGCGGAUGAGCUCAGUUCCUGGAUACAGCAGUCUUUUAAACAUUAUGUUACGCAAGAAGCUAAGCAACACUUCAACAACUAUGACAAAGAUGGUGAUGGAUUAGUGUCUUGGAAGGAGUAUAAUAUGCAAAUGUAUGAUCGUGUAAUUGAUUUUGAUGAGAACACUGUCCUGGAGGAUCAAGAAGAAGAAUCAUUUCGACAGCUUCAUUUAAAGGAGAAAAAGCGUUUUGAAAAAGCUAAUAGAGAUGAUGUUCCUGAUCUAAAUGUGGAUGAAUUUGUUGCUUUUGAACAUCCUGAAGAAGUGGAAUAUAUGACGGACUUUGUCAUUCAAGAGGCGUUAGAAGAACAUGAUAAAGAUGGUGAUGGAUUUGUUAGCCUGGAAGAAUUCCUUGGUGAUUACAGAAGAGACCCAACUGCAAGGGAAGAUCCAGAAUGGAUACUGGUUGAGAAGGAUCGGUUUGUGAAUGACUAUGACAAGGAUAAUGAUGGAAAACUCAACCCUCAAGAGCUGCUGUCUUGGAUAGUGCCUAAUAAUCAGGGUAUUGCACAAGAGGAGGCUCUUCACCUUAUUGAAGAAAUGGAUUUGAAUGAUGAUAAAAAGCUUUCUGAAGCGGAAGUUCUUAACAACCAGGAUUUGUUUCUUAACAGUGAAGCAACGGAUUAUGGUAGGCAGCUUCAGGAUGAACGUUUCUACCAUGAAGAACUUUAGAUUAUUUAUUUCUUAACCUGUUCUUCUUCCCUUUCUUUCAUUUUGAGCUUUUCUUUUAAAAGCACCCAUCAGCUCUAUUGCAAGGUUUAUGCUGUAAUUACAGUACACUAAUGUUUGUGUAAAUAAUUUGCAUUCAAAAUUUAAUUGCCCUCCUGCAGACUUCCUUGGGCCUAUUCUAGCCUUCAAAAUUAAUCUUAAAUACUUACUUCCAAAAUUAUAUAGCGUUGGGAAAUAAAUUACUUCAGGGGUAGUACUGUAUUGUGAAGAGUUGUUCUACUGUACUUUAAGAAAAUGGAGAAUCUAAAUGAUUCUGAAAGAAUGCAAAACAUAGUAACUGAGAGACUACUGUUUU